AUGUAUUUUGCUUCAAAGACGAAACACCCAUUAAGCCAAACCUGCAGUGGGGUACCCGGAGUCCCCGGUGUCCCCGGUCUUAACGGAAGAGAUGGGGCUAAAGGAGAGCAAGGCCCAGCGGGAGCACAUGGGAAAAAGAGUCUUCCAGGCCCUAUGGGACCUUCUGGCAAAACUGGAGCCAAGGGGGACAAGGGCGAAAAAGCUGCACCUGGCGUUGUUCCUGAAAGAAACUGGAAACAGUGUGCCUGGAAGAAACUUAAUGAUGAUAGAGAUUUUGGUCUCAUCAAGGUAGGCAGUAAAGGAACGAUUUUCUUGUUUUGCUCCCGAUGUUGGUAUUUUCAUUCACACUACUAAAAUUAAUUGAGAUGUCAACAAAAACGAAACAAAAAAACCGUGAUGUCGUGCAUCAUCAUCAUCAUUAAAAUCUUCUUCACAUGUAGGUGAUUCUGUGGUCAGUCAUCAGCUUCCAGUUUUCCUCUUUUCUUCAGUCUUUUUAUCUAGAAUUAGUACCUAAUGUUUCAUGCGUCCCCUCCCUCAGCCGUUGCUUAGUAACCUUUACGUUGUCAUGAUUUUAAUCCUUUUUCUUAACCUUUUUUCUCCUGAGGAUUGCGUCUUUGUCAAAAAGGCAGAUGAGACAGCUUCAAAGGUCGAAUUUGAUGGUGAUUUCAGGGUCGGCUUUUGCAAGUCUUGCUGCAAGCGUUGGUAUUUUACCUUUAAUGGAAUUGAAUGUUCCAUACCAGCUACUAUCGAGGGUAUUGAUGUGAUUCAUCAAAACCACGGUAGAACCGACACCAACAUUCACAAGCACAGUCAGAUUGGAGGAUACUGUGAGGGUUUUGGCAAAGGAACUAUUCGCGUUGGAUUGGUGGUCGGUGACUGCAAUGGCGGAUGGACGGGUGGCAACGCAUACACCGGAUGGAAUUGCAUCAGCCGUAUCAUGAUCGAGGAAGUGCCGCCACCACAAUAGCUACGCAGCCAGCUACGCAGCCCCAUCAGCUAUUUCCUCUGAUCUAAAUUCGCAGAUUGUAAUCAGUUUGGAUCACGUUUGAUUGUGAAUAAAACGCUGAUUAAUAAAAAAUAAGAAAAGUUUAUGAGUCAUUGCAGUGUUUCACCGUACUCUUGUGAAAACAGCCGGGCGGCAGAUUGAAGCACCCACAUAGACCGACUUUUCAAUCAGUCGCAAAGUUCAUUCUGUCCAUUUUCCUUCUGUGAGCAAGGGGUCACCACAGUUUCUGCAAAAGUUCAACAUAAGCCAAAUGUUUGCUUUGGAAGCUGUAAACUGAUGUAAAUUUAGAACAGAGAUGGUCAGAGAUCGUUCUCGCACUUUGUUAUAGAAGUUCGUGUCAUACAUUUUUUUCAGGGUAAUGAAGCUCGCAAUUUCAAAUCGUUUUCAAGUUGAUUUGAGAUUACUCUUUCGAUCAGUAGUCCCUGAAUGGUACUCCACUUAGUCUUAUUUUCUUUACUUAAGGCUUCUUUAGGAUGAUAAGUCUGUUUUGACUGUUUGAACUUUUAUACGGCAACCUUACACAAAUCUGUCUUCCCCAACUAUUGCUUGGUUCUCAUCCAGAAACGUGGGCUCAUUUGCUGCAAGUCGCCAAUUUACAGAAAUCCAAGGUUCAAUUUAUCACAGCACCUCGACUUUGAAUAAUAGUCGGUGCGAUUGUUUGCCCUUGCAAGGCAAUGUUGCGUGCAGUUUUUGACUUUUUAUGUUCCCCCGCUUUGUGGCGGUCGGGCCAACUCGGUGCCGCCGAUGAGGUGAUCGGCCAGCUCCUUAGGCGGAAUUACCCAGUGUUUAUUGAUGUGGCGAAAGUUUAUCGUUCUAACAGGGUCGUUAAGGAAUUAUUCUGACAUUAUUCCAUGCGCUUGACUUUUCUUUUAUUUUAAGGCUUUUUUUAAAAAGGGUUUACAUUCGCCAAACAAAUCGUAGUGACAAGUUUUGUAUUCAAGUUCUUAAUCUCUCAGUCUAUUGUCCUACUAUCAGAAAAAAUCAAAUGAAUCUCAUGCAGAAGCAGGGGCGGAUCCAGGAUUUUUUUUAGGAGGGGGUACACUCGUCUGUUGCUCUACUUCAACACCAAUAAACCACAGUUUUUUUUUCUUGCAGAAUACCAGUUGUAUUAGAAAACCGCAGGUCAUCUCAGUGGGGGGGGGGGGGGGGCGCCCCCCCUGCACCCCCCCCCUAGAUCCCCCCCUGAGAAGUAUUUCUUUUUUUAUUUCCAUGAAGUCCCCGAACCCUUCCUGCAAUUCAACAAGGGGCCCGGGCAAAAAAAUUUUAAUUUUUUGACUAAUUAAUUUUCAAAUUUUUACAAUAAGAACCAAACAUUAAGGAAGUAUGGGGGGGGGGGGGGGGGGGGGGGGGGGGGGGGGUGCGCACCCCCUGCACCCUCCCCCUAGAUCCGCCCCUGAGAAGUAUUUCUUCUUAUAUAUCCAUGAAGUCCACGAACCCUUGCUGCAAUUCAACAAGGGGCCCGGGCAAAAAUAUCUUAAUUUUCUGACUAAUUAAUUGUCAAAUUAUUACCAUAAGAACGCAACAUUAAGGAAGUAAAUAGUGUAUUUUACCGGCCAAUGAAAUGUUAGGAUAAAAACGAGAUCUUACAAGAAAACAGUUGGGAAAGUAAACUUUGACUCUCGGUUCGCACACACGACGUAACAGUAUAGUAUAAAUUGACUUUCAGUUUUAGGGAUAUCAAUGCUCUUCGAGGUCGUGGGCUUUUUUUAUCCCAAAGUCUAAAUUUCAAGGUAACUUUUCUUCAGCUUCCGCCUCUUAUUUCAAUAGGAUGCAUCUCGCUGCGAUAUUUCACUAAAAAAAAUCAAGCUUAAGGGGCGCGUAGUCUCUCAGUUCAUUUUGGAACACAGAUGAAGUCAAAACAGGCAUCACCUUUGUAGACUCUAAAAUAAGUGAAUUCGGAACACAGAAGUAGACUGCUUGAGCAUAUACUUUGACUGUGAGCAUCAAUCGCUCUACUCAAAGCGUUAAAGUUUGUCACCAAGAUUAACGAUUAUUGUUGUUUUUCUUAUUUUCAAGUGAAUCUGCAAAAAUGAGAUUUUGUUUCGUGAUCGGUUGGCUUGCGGCAGUGUGCAUGAUCCCACACUUGACGUUUUCCGCCAAUCAGUCGGUAAGUGUUACUGUACAUGUACAUUUUAACGUUCGACAGUGCAGCGAAUGAAUGCGCGAAUAAUGCGAAAGUUAAAGUUUUUUCCUUAUUUUUGCCUGCAUUUCUCUCGCUCAACAAUUUAAACCGACUUUCAGCAAAGUAGUCUUAUCAUAUUUGACAAGAAAUGGCUAAUAAUGUGUGAAAAGAAACUUUCGCUAAAAUAUUUUGGGUGAUUUUCCUUAAUUCUCGCUUCUUUGUAGUUUUUACUGCUUUUUACAAGUUUCUUUGUAAUCCCGUUUUAACCAGAGGAAAUGUUAUACUCUGAUUCAUACUGCUUUAGCACUGAUAAAGUUAAAAAGCGUUCGGCUCCUGGUUCGUAGUAUAGAUCAUUUUGACUUUUCUUGGGUAUUUUGAUAGUCCUGGGAAAAGGACAACAAGGAAGUCUUACAAUCAUGGGUUCUUUGAAAGUGAUUUGGAUCUUUAUUGGUCAGUUUACAGUCAUACGAAAAUAAUUUGAAACUGGGCACGCUUGCGCACGCCACAAUGUGCAAAACCAGUCCUGGCGAAACUUAGCCGUGCAAUUAGAAUGACGCAAUAGGUGUGUUACAAUUUGAAAGGAAGUUACGAUGACACCUCUGGACAUAUUUGCUUAAGUCACCCUAUCAAACAAAAAUCCAUCCUAUAACGCUUAAGGGACGGACCAUUAGAAAAGUUAUGGGGGGGGGGGGUAUUUUUUUUUGUACUUCGCCCGCCCCCCCCCGAUAAGUUUUCUAAUGGUCCGUCCCUAAUUAGCGACAGGACACCAAAGGGACCACAGGAAACCCAAUAAAUCGUAAGUGACUUAAUUGUAUGUAUAUAAAUUGCUUUGAAGACACAACAUCCAAGCCACAUGUGCUGUGGAGUACCAGGGGUCCCAGGUGUUCCCGGUCUCAAUGGGAAAGAUGGGGCUAGAGGAGAGAAAGGAUAUGUGGGAGCACCUGGAAAAAAGGGUCCCAUGGGACCUCCAGGGAAGGCUGGAGGAAAAGGACCUCAGGGGGACAAAGGCGAUCAGGGAAAGCAAGGACCUGUGGGAACCCCUGGAAAGAAUGGUCUCAAGGGGCCUCCUGGUACGACUGGAGUAAAAGGCUCUCAAGGAGAUAAAGGCGAUCAAGGCCCCUCUGGUAUUGUUCCUCAAAGAAACUGGAAACAGUGCUCGUGGAAACCUUUGAAUGAUGGGAGGGACAGUGGCUUGAUAAAGGUAAAAGCUAACCUUAGGUAGGCUACUAUACUGUCAAAUUGACUGCAUCCAAGACAUUUUUCUCUCUAAUCUGUCUGAUAAUAAUUAUAAUUUAUAUUUCACGGUGGAUAACUGCUACAAAUUCCUUUUGGCGCUACUCUUUUUUAGUAAGAUUUAGACAUGUAAAAUAAAUAAAUAAAUAAACCAAGAGAGUGUAUGCCAAUAAAAACACGGCGAAUUAUGUCUGGACGGUGGUUAAAAAAUUGCUGUUAACCCAGGCCCUUAGCUGCAAUCAUCAUUGUCAUCUGAUCAUCAUCGUCAAACCAUCAUCAAUCCAUUGAAUCGUUACAUUUUAUCUAAAUCUUUAAAACGGCGAAAAUUAUAACUUUCAUAAUCAGAACACGGUCAUAAAAUCUGAUAGCAUUUCUCAUAUUCAGCAUCCUAAUUUUUCUUGUUAUUCUUGAAGGACUGCCAUUUUGUCAAGAAAGCCGAUAAUACAGCUUUGAAGGUCGAGUUUGAUGGCGAUUUCAGAGUGGCGUACUGCGAGCGGUGUUGCAAGCGUUGGUUUUUCACUUUCAAUGGCGCUGAAUGUUCCAAACCAAACAAAAUCGAUGCAGUUGAUGUUAUUUAUGAUUCACACCAGAAUAACAAAGAUCUCAACAUUCACAAGCACAGUCAGAUUGGAGGAUACUGUGAGGGGAUUGCCAAAGGAACCGUGCGAGUUGGUUUGGCGGUGGGAGACUGCGGUUAUGGUUACAAGAGCGGUUCUGAUGCCUACGCUGGGUACAUCUCCACCAGCCGCAUCCUCAUUGAGGAGGUACCACCACCCCAGUAG